UUUGAACAUGUUUCGCAUAUAUAUUGUUCUUUUGAAGAUGUGGACGAAGUUCCCUCGGGUGACACUACGGAGCUCCAAACAGGGUCUUUUAAUGACUCCUUACACACAUGCUCUGAGGAAGGUCCCUGGACCCGUGGCAGAAAGUGCCGUAGACAUAAUUGCUAUUAGCCUCGUGCCGUUCGCGAACAGGAAAGGAAGCCCCUCGGCUGAUCUUUUCGUGAUGGGUGCGAGAGUAUUGGUCAAAGUAAAGUUAUGUGUAGAGCGACGCUUCCGCUUGAAGGUUGAGAGGUUGCGUUGAACUGAACAGGGCCUACCGAACGAGGAAACUUCUUUUGUCAAUAAUAGAAAAGUUACAAUACUUUUACUUCGACGAACUUCAAACUGCAUACGGUUAUGAAGAUUCUACUGACAAAAUGUUCUUGACAAAAAUCAUAAAGAAAUCCAAUGUAGUACUAAAUCCAGUCAAACAACAGUGUAAACUGUACUCGUAUCAUACAUCAAAAACUAUAGCACAAUCUACAAUAUCUUUAAUUGGAGGUUUGCGAUUCUGCAGUGACAGCCCGCCAAAAUGUUGGAAUUGUGACUACAUGUAUAAAUCAGAGUUGUUUUGUUCAAAGUGCAAAGUAUUACAGGAAUUGCCACAGAAUUUGAGUUAUUUUGACAUCAUGGGAAUCAAGAAAGAUUAUAAUGUGGUGAAUGAAGACAUUCAUAAAAAAUAUAGGGAGUUGCAAAAAAUGCUACAUCCUGAUAAAUUUGGUAAUAAAUCUGAGAAGGAAAAGCAAAUCUCAGAGAAUUUAUCAUCUCUAGUAAAUAAAGCUUAUAGUACAUUGGCACAUCCAUUAAAAAGGGGAUUAUAUAUGUUACAAUUAAAAGGUGUAUCUAUACCAGAAGAAACCACCAGCUUGAAUCCAGAAUUUCUCAUGGAGAUUAUGGAACGUAAUGAGGAAAUAGAAAGUGCAAUAGAAGAUAAAAACAAAAUUUUAGAAUUAGCUAAAAAAUCUAAAGAAGAACUCGAUACUCUGUCAAGACAAGUAGCAGAAGCAUUUCACAAAGAAGAUAUUGAAGCAGCAACAGAAAUGUUAACAAGAAUGAAAUAUUAUGACAGCAUAAAUAAUAGGUUAAAGAAGUUGAAGCAUGACUUAGGUAUAAUAGAAUAAAUAUAUUACAAAAAAUACGAAUGUUAACCAUUAUAAAAUAUUUUCAAGA